CACACAUCCAAUAGCCCAGAAAAGCACUGCAAGUUGGAGACCAUGGCCCUGAAUGCUCUCAGCCAUGUCUCGUUCUUCCUACUUCUUUCCUUCGCCAUGUCUCAUGUAGCCUUCGCAGGUGAUCCUGACAUCACCUCGGACUUUGUCCUACCACCAAACACCACCGUUGUUGAUGGCAGCUUCUUCACCUUCACCGGAAUGCGCAAAGUCAUCGACUUAGACCCGCCAAAGGUCUUCACAGUCUUCAAAGCUACCAUGGCAGAAUUCCCAGCUCUCAAUGGACAGAGUGUCUCUUUUGCUGUGCUGAUAUUCCCAGGUGGCUCCGUCAAUCCUCCUCACACUCAUCCGCGCUCUGCAGAGCUCCUAUUCCUUGUCGAUGGCUUACUUGAAGUCGGGUUUGUGGACGCUACAAACAAGUUAUAUACUCAGAGACUCCAACCUGGGGACAUGUUUGUAUUCCCCAGGGGACUUGUUCACUACCAGUAUUGCUUCGGCCAAAGCCCAGCGGUUGCCAUUUCUGCAUUUGGCAGUGCCAGUGCUGGGACCGUAUCGGUUCCUGGAAGUCUUUUUACAUCAGGAAUUGAUGAUGACAUCCUUGCAAAAUCCUUCAAGACCGAUGUCGCAACCAUUCAGAUGAUAAAAUCUGGUCUUGCAUCAAAGGCCAGAACUUGAAGCUCUUUUAUAAUCUCUGCAAUUGUGUUUCAUCUGG